AUGUACGCCACGUACAGCAUACUAUCGCUGCUGUUCGUCGUGGGAGCAUACAUGCUCUUCACCGGCAGCGGCGAGUCCUUCAACGUCGGCGCCUUCCUGGAGUCAAUCUCCCCGGCGGCCUGGGCGAACCUAGGCAUCGCGCUGUGCAUGGGUCUGUCUGUCGUCGGCGCAGCAUGGGGCAUCGCCAUCACCGGCUCGUCCAUCCUCGGUGCGGCGGUGAGGGCGCCGCGGAUCCGCACCAAGAACCUCAUUUCCAUCAUCUUUUGCGAAGUCGUCGCCAUCUACGGCAUCAUCAUGUCCAUUGUGUUCUCGUCCAAGGUUGGCUAUGCGACGGGCGCGGCGGCCUUCUCCGCCGACGCGUAUUACACUGGCUACUCGCUGUUCUGGUCUGGCAUCACCGUCGGCAUGUGCAAUUUGGUCUGCGGCGUGGCGGUGGGCAUUAACGGGAGUGGUGCUGCUCUUGCUGACGCUGCCGAUGCAUCACUGUUUGUCAAGAUUUUGGUCAUUGAGAUUUUCAGCUCGGUGCUAGGCUUGUUCGGUCUUAUUAUAGGUCUGCUUGUUUCGAGCAAGGCCAACUCGAUGGACGGCAGUGGAUAA